AUGCUAUGCCAAAGAUGCUAUGCCAACGAUGCUAUGUCAACGAUGCUAUGCCAACGAUGCUAUGCCAACGAUGCAGCCAACGAUGCUAUGUCAACGAUGCUAUGCCAACGAUGCUCUGCCAACGGCAGAGCAAACGGCGGUGACGGAAACGGUAAAUAUGAUGAGAGCGCUGGUGUCAUUCGUACUCAUGUGGUUGAUAGACUAGGUAACGUCAAUAAUGCUGAUUCUCAAUGGGAGUUAUUCAUCAUGAACGUGGCUGGUAAUCGUACAAGGAGGGCGAUUUGCGGAUUCAAUCAGAAGGAUUACCAGGGACACCGCAACGGUUAG